ACCCAGAAAUCCCAUCCCAUUGUUUCAUAUUUCCACUGUUUAUUCACUUUAAGGCUUUCAACCACUCUAAAAGUCUCUCAUUCAUAUGUGAACGAAGAUGGCCGGGAAAGGUGGAAAGGGGCUUUUGGCGGCGAAAACAGUCGCAACUAACAAGGAUAAGGAUAAGGACAAGAAGCGCCCGGUUUCUCGUUCGUCUCGUGCCGGAAUCCAGUUCCCGGUGGGUCGUAUCCACCGUCAUCUCAAAUCCAGGGCUUCUGCAAACGGGAGAGUUGGGGCAACAGCUGCUGUUUACUUGGCCUCAAUCCUCGAAUACCUGACGGCUGAGGUUCUCGAGUUGGCCGGAAAUGCGAGUAAGGAUCUGAAAGUGAAAAGAAUCACCCCAAGGCAUCUGCAGCUGGCUAUUAGGGGGGAUGAAGAGCUUGACACCCUUAUCAAGGGCACCAUUGCUGGAGGUGGUGUGAUCCCUCACAUUCACAAGUCCCUCAUCAACAAGACCAGCAAAGAAUAGAAAUGCCUGAUUUCAACUAGGUUUGGCUUUCCAGUACUUUUUAUCUGUUGUGUCUUCUGUGUUAUUUGUAGGCUUUGUUUAAUCUGUCGAGAACAUCUGGUUAGUAUAUACGAUGCUAAGGUUUGUUCCUUUGAACUUAUGGAUUAUGAUCUUUGUUAGAGUAGGAAUGGUGCCUGUCGGAUACUUUU